AUGGACAACACCGGCCCAGCUGCUGCUUACCUUAGGACCUACGCGGGUGAUCUGACGUGCGCGUUCGGACGCCGCACCGGCCGAGUUUAUGUGGGGACGGCCGACGGAAAUGUGCUCGCGUUCGCCGCGAACGCGUCGGGUGAAUCAGAUCGCACCGGCAGCGCCGAGCUGUCCUUGACGCAAUUGCUCUGGCGCUUCCGCGUGUGUGCACAAGCGGUGACGAGCGUGUGCGGCGUGGAAAGUGAUGGGCUGGACAAGGCCACGCUGCUUCUGGUCGGCAGCGCUGGCGGGGAGCUCGUGGUGCUGCGCGAAAAGCUGGAGCUACGACGGUUCCGGUUGGAGAGUGCAGUGCAGCACAUUUGCGUUGAUCGGGACGGAGAGUUCGUCGUCGGGGACGCGCUGGGCAAUCUCUACGGCGUGACACAACAUGAGAUCCUCUGGAAGAGUCGACUGCCUACUGUUGCUCCUAAGGAUGACAUUGGAGCAGAGUACUUCUAUCCAUCAGUGGCCACACCAACAGUGCAGGCGAUCGCGCCUGCCAAGCUGCUGGACGUCGAGAAGACACUGUCGAACUACGUUAUCGUUGCUACUGGACAGAAACAUUUACUUGUGACUCACCGCGGCCAAUACGUUGGCUUGAUUCCUACCCGUACCCCAAUUGCAACGUUAGCGAGCUUUCCCGUUGGAGACGAAGACGUCGUGCUGGCAACCGGGGAGGAAGGGGUUAUCUAUCGCCUUGUGAGCUAUCGAGACGCAAUACUGAAGGAGAUGCCAGACUUCCGCUUCGCUCUGGAAAAAUGGGCUCAAGCGUCAUUUUCUGUCGCAAAAAUUUUGCCUGUAAAGACCCAUGCAUCUACCUCCAAGUCCGACUUUGCGUGGAUCUGCUUUGGUGUAGAUGGUGAAGUCGCUCUUUUUUGUGGACAAAAGCGUGUGAAACUAUGGAGUGCAGCUUCGUUUAGCAGUGCACGCAAGGUAGAGCUAGGUUUUCCCGUCGAUAUGACGCUGCUAAACGAUCGUGAUGGCAACACUAGACAACAAAGCGGGGCUAUCGUGUUCCCAGAGAGAAUACAUAUUUUCUCCAUCGAGCUCACAGACAAGCAGUAG